AUGAGCGGUUGGAUGGUUUGGGUUUUGUUUGAGCCCAACCCAUGCUGCGCUCCUUCCCACCGGAACCAGUCAGCCCGCUCCCGUCUCAUUUCUCCCGUCCUCCAAAAGCCUCAACUAUAUUUCACAGCGUCAAACACUCAAACAGUUGACGUCUUACUCCAAAGCAGCAAAAGACUCGACUUUUUGAAUUUUUUUUCUUUUUCUUUUUCCUUUUAGUUUUCCCUUAUCGAAUCCUUUCUUGCAAUGUAAUUAGACUGAAUACCAACCGGCGCGAUGCUGUCAAGACCCAUCCAGAGGCUGAUAGAGCACCAUGAGGUAAUUACGGAGAACUUCUUCAGAAGCUCCGCGAAUAGAAUCAAGGCUCUGUUUUCAACUAGUUCUUCUAGGCUAGCUGAGUAUAUUGAGCUCCCAAGGAGGCGCCGGGGAUCAGAACGGAAGCCCCUUGCAACACCAAUCAAUGAGCUCAAACGGCGGGCGAGAGUGGAGCGGAAGAUGAGGCGGGAGGUGCGGGAGUUCACGCUUCGGCCGCCCGAGAAUGGGCUUUUGGUCAAGAGUCUGAUUCCCGUUGCCCAUGAGGUGUUUGAUGCUAGAAAGGUCCUCUUUGCCUGCGUCUUGAGGGUGAUGGAGAGCAUCCCUAUCCAUGUGUGCAGAGUAUGUGGGGAAGUUCAUGUGGGAAUGGUUCCUUAUCGGAUACGCUCAUGUGAUGUUGUUGGGAGUUUGUCCACCAAAGAUCACAGCUGGGCAAAGGGAGGAAUGGAGCAUGUUCUUCCACUCGUGGAAUCCUUUCAUCUCUAUGACAGACUAGGUAGAGCAGUUUCACAUGAAGAGCGGCUGGAAGUUGAUAGGAUUCCAGCUAUUGUGGAGCUUUGUGUGCAAGCUGGCGUGGACAUCCCUGAGUACCCGACAAAGAGACGAGCCUUUCCAGUUUAUAAUAUAGGAGGGAAGAUGAUAGAUUUUGAAAAGAAGUUUCCGCGAGAUUACUCGAGUGGGAAAGAUAUCCAGCCAUUUGGAUUUUGGCAGUGGAAGAAGAAGCCUGGGGAUAGUGAUUCUCCAUCAUUCUCAUCUAAUGACAGUAUUCAAGAUAUAGCUGUGCAAGGCAUGGAUGCAUGGGAAAAGAUGCGAUCAGGUGCUUUGAAGCUCGUGAAGAAAUAUCCUGUCCAAACUUGUGGGUUCUGCCCUGAGGUCCAGGUGGGGCCGAAGGGACACCGGGCGAGGAUAUGCCAGGCCUACAAGCACCAGAUGAGGGAUGGGCAGCAUGCUUGGCAGGAGGCCACUGUUGAUGAUCUGGUGCCGCCGGUCUAUGUCUGGCAUGUGCCUGACCCGGAUGAUGGCAACCCGCUCAUGCAUGAGCUAAGGAGGUACUAUGGCAAACUGCCUGCAGUGGUAGAGCUAUUUGCUCAGGCUGGUGCUAUUGUUGGAAAGGAUUAUUAUGGACUGAUGAGGAAGGAUGUUGCUCUGCCUGCACUUGAUGAGGAGAGUUUGGUUGUGUGAAAUAGCUGACGCGAGUGAUUGGAUUACUGGAGCAAGUGUUAUGAUCUAACAGUACAUAUGCUUUACAUUUUCAUGCUGCUGCCUUAACAAGUGAAAAUAGAUACAGAAAGUGCACAAAUAGCAUUUGAUAUUGGUGUUUGCUAUGUUCAGUUUUACGUGGAAGAUGGUGAAGGAGCAUUUUGGCCACUUACUCUAUGGCUAGCGGUGGUCAUGUUUUGGCUCCUAAUCAUAACAAAGAAUUGUAAUCAGUAGCAAUGCCAGUGCUAACGUAUGUAAGCUAUAGGAUUCUAAUAUUAUUUUUUGUUGUACAUGGGUGUUGCCCUCAACUUUCUAGAGCUUAUAGCAUGUUUGGAGACUGUA